AUGUGGGUUCCCCUUCUACUACUGAUCCUAGGCUUCAUUGCCCUCGUCUGGAGCGCCGACCGUUUUCUGUCUGGUGCGGCUGCCUGCGCCCGCAACAUGGGUGUAUCCAAGAUGCUCAUAGGUUUGACCGUGGUGUCUGUCGGCACGUCGGCACCUGAAAUCCUGGUUGCCAUAUUCGCUGCUAUUGACGGCAAUCCAUUGCUUGCGGUGGGCAACGCCAUCGGCUCUAACAUCGCCAAUAUCGGCCUGGUCCUUGGCAUUACUGCCAUGAUUGCACCGCUACCUUUUUCCAAGCAGGUCCGACAAACCGAAUUACCAUGGUUGCUGGGCGCCACCCUGCUGGCGAUGGUGCUACUGUUCGAUCGGGAACUGUCUUUCUUCGACGGGGUAAUGUUGUUGCUGGCUCUGGCCGCCAUCCUCUGGCGACUGGUUGUCAAUCAAAACAAUCCCAACCAGGAAAUUUCUUCCUCCAUUACCGAAGAGCUCGACGAGCUACCGGACAUGACUAAUCUGCAGGCCAUCGCCUGGCUGGUGGUCGGCCUGCUGGUGCUCCUGGUGUCUGCGCAGGUGCUGGUGCAUUCUGCCACCACCAUCGCCAAGCUUCUGGGCGUCAGCGACAUGAUCAUCGGUUUAACCAUCGUUGCUGUGGGUACGAGUCUGCCGGAGCUCGCCGCGACCAUUGGUUCAGCCGUCAAAGGUCACCCUGACAUCGCUAUAGGCAACGUCGUCGGCUCAAACAUCCUUAAUAUUCUGGCGGUGCUGGCCGUCCCGGGCCUGGUCAGCGGGGCAGUAAUCGAACCUGGCGCGUUGUGGCGGGACGGCGGCAUGAUGCUCGCACUGACCGUGAUGCUGGCGCUGUUUGCUUACGGCAUCAAUUCGCGCCCUGUGAUCACUCGAUUUGAAGGCAUGGUGAUGCUUGCGGCGUGGGUCGGUAUUAUUUUUGAUGUUGAUGGCGUGCUCACCAACGGCCAGAUCACGUACAGUGACGAUGGACAUGAAUACAAAACAUUUCAUGUCCAGGACGGCGCCAGCAUCAAACUCCUGCAACAGAACAACAUCACGGUGGGGAUUAUUACCGGACGCCGUUCGCCAACCGUUGCGCGUCGCGCCAGGGAAUUAGACAUUAAAUAUCUGGUCCAGGGUGCUGACUCCAAAGCCGAGGCUGUAGAUACGCUCAUCGCACAAGGCUUUCCUGGUGCGGGCAAUGCCGCAGUGGGAGACGACAUUCAGGAUAUUGGCGUGUUUGACCACCCCAGUGUCGCCUUCGCAAUCAGCGUGCCGAACGGCCAUCCCGUCGCCCGCAGUCAAGCGCAAUGGAUCACUCAACGCAGUGGUGGCAAUGGCGUGGCAGUAGAGAUUGCCGAGACUGGCAUCACCCUCGGCGUUGUUCUGGUGCUGGGAUUAUUGUGGCAGUUAUUUGGUCAAAGCGACCAGGACCGCGCAGACGGCGCAAGCCCAGCAGAUACUCUGAUAGAGAGUGAGCCAGAUAUAUACGGUCACGGCGUUACCUUCACCCAGUUGCGAGACGAUGGCAGCCUGCAAUAUCAACUCACCGCCAGCGCCAUCCGUCAGUUCCAGGAUAACAACCUGACCAGCAUGGUCAGCCCUGCGCUGAAACUGCACAACCCGCAACAGCCACCAUGGGAUAUUCGCUCUAACCACGGUUACAUUCGAGGUGCAGAGACUGGCGGAGAAAACAAAGAAGAAGCUGUUUACCUGCGUGAAGAAGUGGUGCUGGAACAGAAUGACCCCGAGCGCGGAUUUAUCACCAUGCGCAGCGAAGCCAUGUACUUCUAUCCGGACCGGCAAUACGCUGAAACCGACCAAGGUGUUAUGAUCGAUACCCAGGUUAGACCCGCGGUGGCCAACAGGCUGUGGCAGACCGUUAUGUUAUGCGCGGGACUGCUCAUCACACCUGUCGUCUGGGGUCUGGCAUCAGACGCAGACCAGCCUAUACAUAUUGAAGGUGAUGACGCCCAGAUUGAUCAGGCUAAUGAAACCAUAACCUACAUUGGCUCGGUUGAAGUGGUGCAGGGUACCUUGCGUGUGCAGGGCGACAAAAUGGUGGUUAAAAUCAGCGGUGAUCAGGUCCAGCAAAUCACCACUGUAGGCUCCCCAGCCCGCUAUCGGCAACAGCUGGAAGACGACAAAGGCGAAGUGAACGCCCACGCAGACAGUAUCAUCUACCAUACCGCGCAAGAGCGCGUAUAUCUCAAUGGCAGCGCCACGCUCGCACAACAGGGCAACGAGCUACAGGGUGAAUCGAUACGUUACGACAUUGUUAAAGGCAAAGUUGAUGCGAGUGCCGGAGAAAACUCCGGUGGAGAAAUAGUGGGUCUCCUGGGGCCGAAUGGUGCGGGCAAAACCACCUGUUUUUAUAUGGUGGUUGGGCUCAUCAAAGCCGAUAGUGGGGGUAUAUUUCUGAACGAAACCGACCUGACCCGUGCGCCCGUUCACGAACGCGCCAAAGCAGGCAUCGGUUACCUGCCACAGGAAGCCAGCGUUUUUCGCACGCUCAGCACCACGGACAAUAUUCGCGCAAUUUUAGAACUGCGCAAAGAUCUGAAUCGCACUGAGCGCAAUACUCUGCUCGAGCAACUGCUGAAUGAAUUUAAUCUACAGGGUGUUGCGACAUCCCUGGGGCAAAGCCUGUCUGGCGGCGAGCGCCGUCGCCUGGAGAUAGCCCGAGCACUGGCCAGUGAACCCCGUUUUAUGCUGCUGGAUGAGCCCUUUGCCGGUGUAGACCCAAUCUCAGUAGGUGAUAUUAAAAAGGAAAUCAGUGAUCUUCGGCGGCGGGGUAUCGGCGUGCUGAUCACAGAUCACAACGUCAAAGAAACCCUGGAUAUCUGCGACCGCGCAUACAUCGUCCACCAGGGACAUAUCAUUGCAGACGGUGAUGCGGCCAGCAUCCUGGCCAAUCAGACGGAUUGGAUGAAACAGACACUUUCCCUGAAGCUGGGUCAGCAGCUCACCAUGACGCCACAACUGCAACAGGCUAUCCGCUUGUUGCAGCUGUCCGCGCUGGACCUGCAGCAGGAAAUCCAGAAUACGUUGGAAGAAAAUCCAAUGCUGGAGCUGUCCGAAGACGCCCAGGACGGCGGCGAAACCAACGACAAUGACCAGUCCCUGGAAUCAACCCUCGAGUCGGCAGAACAUGAGUCUCAGAUUGCAUCCGACAACGCGAUGGACACCACCGUUGGGGCGGAAAGAGAUGUCGCCGACGUCAAUCAGGAGUUUGAUGCACCCAUAGGCGAAGAGAUGCCCGUGGACUCAAGUUGGGAGGAUGUAUAUCCAACCGGCAGCAGCCUGCCGGCAAGCGAUAGCGACUAUGAUCCAAUGGCCAACCGCAGCGCAGAUCAGACGCUUACCGACCAUUUGCUCUGGCAGCUUAAUCUCACGCCGAUGGCGGCCUCAGAUCGAACCAUCGCCGCAGCAAUAAUCGAUUCCAUCGAUGCCAAUGGCAUGUUGACCACCACUACGCAAGAUCUUUGCGAGGCGUUAAACAGCCAGCGUGAAACAGACCAGGACGAGAUUGAACAUGAUGACGUGUGCGCCGUUCUAGAGCGCAUUCAGGAUUUCGACCCUGUCGGUGUUGGCGCCCGAGACCUCAAGGAGUGCCUGCUGCUGCAGCUUGCCCAGCUUCCCGCGCAGACACCCUGGCUGACCGAAGCCAAUCUGCUGAUCACCGAAUAUCUCGAUCUGCUGGGCAGCAAAGAUUUCACAACGUUAAAACGAAAGUCCCGACUGGCCGACAGUGAGCUCGCAGCAGCGAUGACCUUAAUCCGUACGUUGAAUCCACGUCCGGGUACUGCAAUUGCAGAAGAGAGCGCGGACUAUAUUGUGCCGGAUGUGGUCGUGAGAAAAUUUGAAGGUCGCUGGCUGGUAGAGUUAAACGGCGAGGCGACGCCACAAAUUCGUAUCAAUCCGGUCUAUGAAAAUCUCGCCAAGCAGGUCGCCAGCAGUAACGACAAAACCUAUAUCCGUGACAACCUGCAGGAGGCACGCUGGUUUUUGAAAAGCCUGCAAACCCGUCACGAUACUCUGCUGCGGGUCGCCAGCAAGAUUGUCGAAGUUCAGCGCGGCUUCCUCGAGUACGGUGCGGAAGCCAUGAAGCCGCUUAUUCUUGCAGAUAUCGCGGAAGCCGUUGACCUGCACGAGUCAACAAUUUCAAGGGUGACCAGCCGCAAAUACAUGUCCACGCCACGUGGCGUAUACGAGCUGAAAUAUUUCUUUUCCUCUCACGUAGGCACCAGCAGCGGCGGCGAAGUCUCCAGCACAGCCAUCCGUGCGUUGAUUGAGAAACUCACCGGCGAUGAGGACCCGAAAAAACCAUUGAGCGAUAGUAAAAUAGCGGCAAUACUGAAAGACCAGAACAUCAACGUUGCCAGAGUCAUCAUGCAGCUGAGCAUUACCGGACAUCACGUCGACCUUACCGAAUCUUUACACUCCUAUGUGGAAUCGAAAUUUGAGAAGCUCAACCGACAUAACGACCAGAUCACUCAGGUUCAUGUCGUUCUGAACGUUGAAAAACACCUGCAACAGGCGGAAGCCACCGCCCAUGUUCCCGGCGCUGAGUUGUUUGCCAAUGCGGACUCAGAAGACAUGUAUGCUGCUAUUGAUCAGCUGGUGGACAAGCUCGAUCGCCAGCUCGCAGCGGAGUUGAUCAGUGACUCAGCAGUGCCGGCGGACACUUUGUUCGACAGCCUGAUGGCACGUGAAAGACUCGGCAGCACCGGACUUGGCGAUGGUAUCGCAAUUCCACAUUGCCGCAGCGAUUGUGACACCAUGCGCGUCGGUUUUAUUUCGUUGGCUAACCCGAUCGAUUACGAAGCCGGCGAUGGUGAGGGCGUCGAUCUGCUGUUUGUACUGGUUGUGCCGGAAGACGAACAACAUGCGCAUUUGCACGCACUCGCUCAGUUGGCUGAAGUUUUUUCUAAUGCGCAGAACCGCAGCGACCUGCGUGCCUGUACAACAGAUGCUGCGUUGCUACAACAAAUGCGGACUUGCCUCGCAAAUCAGGCUAUUGAUGCAGAAGCGGAAGUCCUGGAAAGCAUUGCUGACCUUGCAGAUCUCAAUAUCGACAGCACGCAGCUGUCCAGCCAGGCAUUGCGCGAACUGGUCAGCAGCCGGGUGGUUGCCCGCAGCAGUCGCGAGCUCAGCUUGUUGUUCAGAUCAUUCGGGUUUAAAUAUGGGGUGCCCGUAGAUGCAGACAUGGUUUUUGAUCUGCGCUGUCUGCCCAACCCUCACUGGGUAGAGAACCUGCGCCCUCUGACCGGCCGGGACCCCGCGGUCGCUAACUAUCUUCAGGCGGAACCCAUGGUUACCGAGAUGUUCGAGGACAUCGCCCAAUACCUUGAUACCUGGAUUCCCAGAUUUGAAGCCAAUGCCCGAGUCUACAUGACAGUAGCGUUAGGCUGCACUGGCGGCAGCGCGCUUGAGCUGAUCGUCGAAGGUGAAGAUGAAGACGCUGCAACUGAUGGCUUGAGUAAUCUGGUGCAGGCUGGAUUCCACGAGUUGGAUGUUCGCCAGGUUUUAUGGGAACUGUUAGACGAAGAGGUACGCAAUCAGACACUGCAACAUCUGUCUGAAGAUAUGCGCGCAGAGUUUCUCGUUGAUAUGGAUACCGCCCAACUGGUGGCGGUGGCGGACGAACUCGAUACCGAUGAUUUUGCAGACAUCCUGCAGCAACUACCGCAGACCAUCACCGAUCAGGUGCUUGAAUCUCUGGACGCCAUCGACCGCGCCAGAGUUGAAGCCGUGUUGUCCUACGCAGAAGACAGCGCUGGCGGCCUGAUGAACACCGACACUAUCACGGUGCGGCCAAGACACGCGCUGGAGUUGGUGUUCCGUUAUCUGCGCAUGCGCAAAGAUCUACCCGAAGCCACCGACGCGCUUAUCGUGGUGAACUCCCGGGACGAAUACGUAGGCAUGUUACCGUUUGGCAAACUGUUAACUUCAGAUCCAACAGUCACCGUACGCGAAGUGAUGAACAGCGCAGCGACGGCGAUUGACGUCGACACCCUCGACACCGAAGUUGCGAAAAUAUUCUCCGAACAGGACUUGAUCUCAGCGCCAGUCAUAGACGCAGAAGGACGCUUGCUUGGCCGAAUAACGAUUGACGACGUGGUUGACGUCAUCAUCGAAGACGCCGAUGAGGCUGUGUUGGCCAGAGCCGGCCUGGAUAUCGAUGAAGAUACUUUUGCGCCCAUUGGUAAAUCCCUGCGGCGCCGUGCCAUCUGGCUCGGCAUCAAUCUGAUCACCGCCUUUAUCGCCGCCGCAGUCAUCAACUUGUUCGAGGAAACUAUCGUGAAGGUGGUUGCCCUUGCCGUACUCAUGCCUAUCGUGGCCAGCAUGGGCGGAAUUGCCGGCACUCAAACCCUGACACUGGUGAUUCGCGGCGAAGCCUUGGGCCACCUGAGCCGCAGCAACCUUUUAUGGCUGCUGAACAGAGAAUUUGUGGUGGCUGUAUUGAACGGUUUGUUGUGGGCAAGCCUGGUGGCCGUCACCGCUGCUGUGGCCUUUAAUGAUCUCGAGCUGGUCUGUUACCCGGCAUCUUACGUUAUUUGA